AUAUUCAUCACAUGUAUAUACUUCAAAACAUCAAACAUAUCGCUGGCGUUGGCUACGCCCUCCUGACGUGACUCGCCCGUCGAAGAAGUGCGCGCUGUAACAGACAGACCUGAUCCGUCCAGCACCUCUUCCUCGAUACCGAGAUUAACUCACCUGCCCAUCACGUCCUCCUGUGCCAAACGGAUGGCACUCAGAUAAUCCCUCCACUAUGGACCCUCCUGUCGCCGUCAGCCGACUAGCACCGACGGACACCGCCGAUUCUGACAGGCGGGUUGACCUUGCAAAAUUCCCGCCUGAAAUUCUACUCAUGCUACCGCUUCGCCAAUCCAGUCUUGCAAGCAUGAUACUAGUCUGCAAGCAUUACCAUCGAACACUUACACCUCAGCUGUAUCAGUGGGUCCGAUGCAGAAGCACAGAAGAGGAACGAGGCCAGGUUCCCUCUGAGCGGUAUAAGCCUCAUGUUCUCAUGAAGACACUUUUGAGCCACCCACCUUUAGCGACAAGGGUUCGGGGACUCUUCCUUGAAAAAAGUGUCUGGAGUGGGACACCCGACGAAUGUGACUACUUAGAGCCAUGGUGGAGAGAUGGGAUAAAGCUCUUGAAGAAUCUGCCAAACCUCAAGUAUCUGACCAUCGAUCUUUCCUGGUCAUUCCUGCUUCUCAUUGAGCCGCACAUGCCUAAACUCAAGUGCGUAACGAUCAUAGACUGCGGCGAAAGAAUUCUAUCACCGUCAUUCGCAGCCCAGCUAGCCCAGCCCUGUCUCACGACGCUCGUACUCAAGAGAGAGCAAAGCAACGCGAUCCGAAACUCCUUUUGUCACCCUUUCAACCUAGGACGACAGAUGGAAUAUAGGGCACAGUAUCCCGGUCAAGAGAUCAUCUUGGACCGAGUUAAGCUCGGGAGCCGCGUACUGAAGAGAUAUGUCAAAGCUUGUAGUAAGGGUCUGAGAUCUUUCAUCUGGGUUUGGGCAGAUGACUGCCCACACAAAGAUUACGAGGACCUCUACGUCACGCCCGAGGAGGACGUCACAGCUUGCAAUAUGCUGCUGACAGCAGAACUCCUUCCUCCACUGCGGAAUGCGGUUGCGACUCUGGAGAGCCUCGUACUCAUGCACGAGAAAGGCAGAUCUUGCCCAUUUGAUGGCACCAUCUUGCCCUCGUUGACACCCUUCACAACACUGAGGAAUCUCCGAAUCGAUGCGACUAUGUUACUUGGCCGGCGGAGGUGUGAAGAAUACUGGAGGUCUGCACCUGAUUAGGAACCAUGCUUGACACGGGGCCCUGAAAAGUUUGCAACUUUGCUGCCCGCCAGUAUCAAGCGUCUCGACAUUCAGAUCCGUCAAGAAGAGAUACUUUAUGAUCCCUCGUACUGCGGAUCGAUCGUGGACAGCUUGGUGAGAGAAAAGUGGCGCCUCGCGAGUUUAGGGAAGGUAACCAUUGACGAAGCCGGGGAUAUUCAGUGUGUGUGUAUAUGCGAAGAGGACUGCUUUGAAUCUUCCUCAGACUCGUGGAGGUCGGGACUGUCUCAAACCACGAGAGAAGACUUUGGGGUUAUGUGGAAACAAUGCGAGACGGUUGGCAUUAGGCUGUACUACAUCAAGCGUAUGUUCGAUCUCGAACAAUCGAUUUUCAUAAUGAAACCAGGAGACGGUCUUGGAGAAGUGGUAGCUUUGGAAGGACCAAUUCCGAGGUCAUUCGUCCAAGAGGAACAGAGAGAGUCUUGACUCAGGGCGGCGUAGUGAAGCGCAGGACAAUCAUUGAGCUACAUUUGUAUAGCGG